GGGCGGGCCGAGAGCAGCCGAGAGGCCGGUUAAAGCGGCCGCCCGCCCGCAGCCGCCCGCCCGGCUCCCGCGCCUCACCGACGGACGGCGCCGGCCGUCGCUGCGCGCCGCGGCCGCUCGCACGCCAAUGAGGGCCCGGACCCCGGCCCUCGCCGCCUCAGGAGCCGCCCGCAGCCUCCCGGCCCGACCCCCCGCCCGCCGCCCGGCUGGGGCGGGCGGCCCGGAUCCAUGCGGCGGCUCCAGGAGAGGUUCAGGAGGUUCAUGAACCACCCAGCUCCAGCAAACAGCCGCUACAAACCCACUUGCUAUGAGCAUGCUGCUAACUGUUACACACAUGCAUUCCUUAUUGUUCCCGCGAUCGUGGGUAGUGCCCUUCUCCACCGGCUGUCUGAUGAUCGAUGGGAAAAGAUAACAGCAUGGAUGUAUGGCAUGGGGCUCUGCGCCCUCUUCAUUGUCUCCACAGUAUUUCAUAUCGUUUCUUGGAAAAAGAGUCACUUAAGGACAAUGGAGCAUUGCUUUCACAUGUGUGACAGAAUGAUGAUCUAUGUCUUUAUUGCAGCAUCAUACGCACCGUGGUUAAAUCUACGUGAGCUCGGACCUCUGGCAUCUCACAUGCGUUGGUUUAUCUGGCUGAUGGCUGCUGGAGGAACCAUUUAUGUGUUUCUCUACCAUGAAAAGUAUAAGAUCGUUGAACUCUUUUUCUAUUUAGCGAUGGGAUUUUCUCCUGCUCUGGUAGUGACAUCCAUGAGCAACACCGAUGGACUUCAGGAGGUUGCCUGGGGAGGCUUGAUAUAUUGUCUGGGUGUGGUGUUCUUCAAGAGCGAUGGAGUCAUUCCAUUUGCCCAUGCCAUCUGGCACCUCUUUGUGGCCACAGCAGCUGCUGUUCAUUACUAUGCCAUUUGGAAGUACCUUUACAGAAGUCCUGCAGACAUAAUUCGUCACUUAUGAUUGAUACACGCAAAGUAAUCUGCACUUGGCCUCUGUAACAGUAUUAUUUGACCUAAGGAAUUCGGGGAAAUUGGACAAUUGCACAGAAAAACUGCACUGACGUUGGUAGUUCUCUGAACACAGUUACUGUGAACUGAUGUUGUAUGUGUCCUGCAAUUGCCCAUCGUAUGGCAAGUGCUGUAAAUAAUCAAGAUACUGUACUGCAGUACCAAGAGUCCAUUCCAUGUUAGUAGAACUGGCUACCUGAUGUUUACAAAUAAAUUUUGUAUUCUAGUUUAGUUUUACAAUUUUUAACUACGUGAAUUUUUCUAAAUUAGUGAUUCAAAGGGUGAAGUCAGUGCAAUAGCAAAAAUCUCUUUUGAUUUGAAAUUGGUUUCUAUCGCCUUUCCACUACUCAUUUAUUAAACAUGAAUCGGACAAAUAAUCUACUUUUACCACCCAUUAUCUUGGUAUAAUAAGACUUUUAUAGAAACUUUUUGUGUUUUUUGUAAACUUGGGAAGUACAUUUAUUGAACUGAAAACACACAACUGUCAUCUAUGCAGUUACUCAUGUUGCAAAAUCUUGCAAGAAAUGGUUACAUUCCACACACUGUACUGACAAGCAAACAUUGUACCUCUUCCAAAGGUUGUAUUACAGGUGUAAUUGUAAUAACCACUUUUACAGACUAAAACCUAAAUGUGAUUCUGCUGAGUUUUAACAUGACAGUAUUCUGCUCAUCUGUAGUACCACUUAAACAGCACCUUAAUUUGGCUUUAUCAGUGAUGGAAAUUAAGUGCUUUAAGAGAGGUAGGCGAUGUGAUUUUUCUCCUCAAGAUUCCCAGUUCUGCUCCGUGCCGCCCAGCUAGGCAGCAGCCUGGAUGAAAGCGGGCUGGCAGUGGAAGGGGACAGCUAACACCCCCUGUCCAAACCAGAGCGCCGCUUACUUCUCCAGAGUACGCGUACACCUAGUAGUGCUGUGAUACUAAGCUUGGAUUUUUGAAGGGAUUUAAACCUGCCACCAGAACAGUUCCCAGCGGCUUUUGUUGGGGUGGUUCUGUUGGGAAAUCCCGGUCGGAGCAGCAGGAGCAGAGCGAUUGCUGACCGCUUUGAAUUCGAGGUUGUUGGUUCUUCCCAAGCACAGCCUUGCAGGGAGGAGAGCCUGAAGAACCUGAUACGGUGUCACUUGUCAUUCUGGGGCUUGACAGAGUCAGACUGGUCUUGAUUGUGUUGCUGUCCUUCUGUACAGGAAACCCAAACUUGUGGUAGCAAGUCAUGAUUGUAGAACACGUGCGUUAAGUGACCAGAAGUAGAAGAGUCAUUGUAAUACUGUUUGUCCAACAAUUGUAUCCUGUCCCACUCUAUAAUGAAUGUCUUAUAUUAAGAUUGACUUUAUCCUUUUUCUGAUUUACUCAGUUUUUCAUGUCAGUAUUUAAAAACAAAACCAAAAUGUGUUGCCUUUUUCAGAUUUUGUUCUGGAUAUUGCCUGUCUGCAAACAAUAAGUAGCAAGAUAGGGAUGUUUUUCAAGGUACCAUCUAAUAUUUCACCUAGAUUUGCCAGUGGGUUACGUAUUUUAGAAUAUAUAUAUUUGUAUACAGAAUUUACAAGAGGGACAAACUUUAAAUUCAAGGCAUUGAAGAAUUUUGCUGUGUGGUGUUAUCAGGUGAUUGGAGAAACGGCACCACUACAGCAGACUAGCUAACUGCCCCAAGAGAGGACAAAAGGAACAGCUGGGCAGGUAAUUCCUAGUACAACAGUCUUGCACAUCUGGAUGCCUCAGUUUUUUUAACAUUGUGUCUAUUUUAAUAUUUUCCACUUUUUGUGAGUUCAUAUAUUUUGUUUAAAUGCAGUAACUGUUAAAACCACUAAAAUACAUGUAAAGGUUUUCUGUAGUCAAAAGUGAAACUAUUGCUUGAAUAUGUUUUAAUUUUAAGUUAAUUUUUCAUGGCAUUGCUUUUUGGAGUGUUUGAAAUGUUUUUUAAAAAAUUUCAAUUCGCCAAAAAUAUUUUGAAUUACUGUAUUCUAGUCAAUAUGAUAUUGAAUGUACUAGACUAACAAUAAACAUUUUGUGCAAUUUGGAAA